AUGAACCCUUCAGCGUCUCGACGGGGCUUCGACCCCUACGACCUAUGCGAGCCAGAGCCGGUUCCUUGGCACAGUCCAGUUAGGAGGCUUCCAGUAGCUGAGCUGGAAGACAACGACUCAGAUUCAACGAUUGUGCUACCCAGCGUGUUAGAAGCAGAGCCAGAGCAUACCAGAGCUCAGCCUCCUCCGAGACCUCUUACUCCUAUCCCACGGCACAUGUAUUAUCCCUUCGCUGAGACAUCGGUGAUGAAUAUGGAUUAUGACGCUAUAUUGCCAAUCCCUACCUUGCAGUCUCUAAACUGGGUAGUGCAUCAGACCCCUGAACUUGAAGGUCAUAUUCGGCCUAGUUCAUCACACUCCAAAGAUGCAACGCAGUCUAGGUCAAGGCCCAGUCUACUGAGUGUAGUUUCAGACCCGCGGACUAGGGAUGCAAAAAGUGCAUCAAGUAGCUCUUCCAGAAAUCCUGUGAAAAAGGGUCUGCGUAAAAGCCUAGGCUCCUAUGUCAGCGCACUGCGUAACAAAGGCCGAUGGAUCAAGAAUUUCAGAGACAACCACCUGAGACAGCCAAGUAGAUCCCCAAGGCGUGGAGAUUUGCCGUUGCCUCCGCGUUCAAUCUUGCGUCCAAGGCCAAACACUUCUGGACUUGGUCAGAAACAAAUUAGGAACUCGAUAAGCAGCAAGCCAGAGGUGCCUGCUUUGUCGUCUGACGGUCAACCUUUAGUGCAGCGGACACGCCAAACAGUGAAUUCAAGUAACAGGAGUAGCAAUUACCUCACCCAACCGGAUGGUACUUGGUUGAGUACCACACUUGCUGCUCCAUGUGAUUUGAUGGUAAUGGUAGUAGAACGAACGACCAUUCAGCUCGGCUCCAGCCGAGGGUGCCGCAAAGCUCUGAAAUAUACCAUGCGGUUGAAGAAGAAGCUUGAUUGCAUUCAUUUCUGCGGCGUAUCUGUUAUGCUGCAUUACCGUUCUACCAGAUUAGCUUCCUCCGUGUGUUACGUUGAUCAGUCAAGGCCGAACUGGGUUGGAGACGUUGACCAGUGGAGACACGGAGUGUUCCCCGGCAAACCUGGUAGUUCGCCAGGUUCUUCAUUUACCAAUCCUUCGGACGCGAUGGCAGCUGGUAAUGGAUACUUUUCGCCGCCUAAUUCCUUGGGAGUUCCUUCACCUGCGAUAUCGCCCACAGGACAAGUCCCUCCAGCCGUACACCCUGGGCGCUACUGUCCGCCAGCUCAAACCUUGGGGGUCCCUUCGCCUGCGAUAUCGCCUACGAGACAAUUCUACUCAGCUGUACCGCCUGGUUGGUACUAUCCGCCACCUAUGCCGUCAGGGCACUUUUACAAUGGGCCUGUGCCUUUGCCGACCAUGGGACCAAUCCCAGUGAAUAACACCGGACCGUUUCUUCCUAUGCCAACAAACAGGUCAAGCGGUGUGGUAACUGCGGACAAGUCACACUGGAAGCAGAGCCGCGCUCGAAGCAUGUAUUCGGUCAAUGACUACCCCGUCUCCGCUCGGAACUUCUAUCUAUCACCACGAGGGAGAUUUUCUUUGCAGUGGCGUCAGCCUAACAUUGAAGGUUCACCCUCUAUACAGGCGACAAGUAUUGCCGAUCAUCACAUAUGCUCGAGUCCAUGUGCUAAGAACCGGGCACAGUGUCACGGCACAGCAGACGGAGACAGUAAGAAACAGUCACUGCCCUGCCGCUCAGCUCUUCGCCCCGAAGCGCCCGAGUUCAUUCCCCGACGUUCGAGGUGGAAUGAGACGCGUGCUCAGCAGCUGUCUCAGCCUUCCACGUACCCAUCGCUGCCGCGUAGCAACGGCAAUUGGGCUCUGAUGCCAGGGCAGGGAUAUGGCAUGCCUAAUCCAAGACAACAUCAAUACCCUUUUAUUGUGUGA